AAUGCUAAUAUGUUUUUAUAUACAAGCAAUACAAUUUAAUUCUAAGAUUGGCUUUUUGUUCAAGAGAUAUCAUAGCUAUUUUAAAGUUUUUAUUCAAGGUCUAUCAGUUGCAUCCAGACCAACUUACUGUAUUAGGAUGGCUCCCAGGUACGAGAUUGCUGUGGGUCUCCACCGCGGUCAUAGAACUUCCAAAAUCGUUGUUGGAAAAAGUAAAGUUGACAAACGCCACAAGUUGAGGCCUGCUCGCCUCAAGGGGAAGCAAACCAAGCACACCAAGUUUGUUCGUGACCUGGUCCGUGAAGUGUGCGGCCAUGCUCCUUAUGAGAAGAGAGCCAUGGAGUUGCUGAAAGUAUCCAAGGAUAAGCGAGCUCUCAAGUUCCUUAAGAGGAGGCUGGGAACCCACAUCCGAGCCAAGAGGAAGCGAGAAGAACUGAGCAACAUUCUCACCCAGAUGAGGAAGCAACAGGCUCACGCUCCCAAAUAGGUUUACUUUAUUUAAUAAACUGUUUUACUUAAACAAA